GUAUGAUUCAGAAUGUCAAGAAAGCUAUCUUCAAAAAAGAAAGGAAACAACUUAAUGAAGAUUCAGUCUUUUGGAAUGCGGUGCAUUCGGUUUUGACUUCUCGCUGGAGUAAGAGUAACACUCCUCUUCACUGUAUGGCACAUUCUCUUAACCCCAAAUAUUAUAGUUCGGAGUGGCUUGCAGAAGAAGACAGUAGAAAAGCUCCACAUCAAGAUUUGGAUGUUACCAGAGAGAGAAAAAAUUGUAUCAUGAAGUAUUUUCCAAAUCAAGAUGAAAGGAGAGAGGUUAACGUUGAAUACUCUAAUUUCUCUUUAUGCAUGGAGGAUUUUGGUAGUGUUGAUGUGAUCCAUGAUAGGUUUAUCUUGGAACCUUUGACAUGGUGGGCCGUUCAUGGAUCUUCGGCACCAAAGCUCCAAAUCUUAGCAUUCAAGUUACUUGGACAGCCAUCUUCAUCUUCCUGUUGCGAAAGGAAUUGGAGUACAUACAAGUUCAUUCAUUCUGCAAUAAGAAACAAGAUUGUUCCCCAAAGAGCUGAAGAUUUGGUAUUUGUGCACACUAACCUCCGUCUUCUAUCAAGAAGGAGCUCUGCUUACAAGGAAGGUCCUAGCAGUAUGUGGGAUGUUGGAGGUGAUCAAUUUGAUUCACUGGAUGAGAUUAAUCUCGGAAGACUUGAGUUUGAGGAUCUUUCUCUUGAUGAACCAGAGUUGGAAGCUGUUUUGUUUGGUGGAGAUGCUGAAAAUGAGAUCGACGAUGAGCUUGAUAUUUGAGUUUGAAGUUUAAACUUUAUUUUUUUUUGAGUUUUUCUUUGUUAACUUCCAUGUUGAACUUUAGUAUUUAAGUUUUAUGUGUUGGAUUUUCAUUAUUAA